CGAUAACCUCCUACAGGCACUCAGCAUCCAGCUCGCUGCCAGACAAAGACUGCUCUCUCUUCCGACCGGCUGAACUAUCGCCUGAAAACUCCUCCUUUUUGACGUUAAUAGCUUUUAAAAGCUUUAUUUUAAAGUGUGUCGAUCAAGAUAAAGCGUCCGUUCGGACCUUGUCCCCCCCCUUGUAGUGCAGGACAAACCAACCAGACUCCGCCUUCGCUUAAUUUGUCAACAAAGGGGUUUGACAAGCUCGGAAAGCCCUGCCCCCAUGUUUCCAUAAAAGGAUGAUUUGGGUUUACACGGCCAACAAUCAAACCCUGGCUAACCUUUUCUUUUCACCAUCCACUUCAUAUGGUGCGUUGACUUCCUCCGGCGCUGUGAAAGCGGAGCUAUGAUGGCGGAGCGCGUGCAGCAGCCCCCGGCCAAGCGGCUCUGCUGUCGGCCGGGCUUCGGUGCAACAUGUAGGCAAGGCCAGCGGGCCGCUGGGGCUCUGUGCGGCGGCUCGGCUGCCUCCCAGGGCGAGUCGAGCCGAACCCAGAGCCCGGAGUCUCUCCUGGACAUCGCGGCGAGGAGAGUCGCGGAGAAGUGGCCGUUUCAGCGUGUGGAGGAGCGCUUCGAGCGGAUCCCGGAGCCCGUUCAGAGACGGAUAGUGUACUGGUCCUUCCCGAGGAGCGAACGGGAAAUCUGCAUGUACUCGUCGUUCAACACCGGCGGCGGGGAGGAAGUCGGAAGUGGCUGCGAGAGUGGCGACGAGACGCGGCUGCCGUUCCGACGCGGCAUCGCUCUGCUGGAGAGCGGCUGCGUUGACAACGUAUUGCAAGUCGGUUUCCACCUCAGCGGGACGGUCCGGGAACCGGCCACGUCCUCCGAGCCGGAGCUGCUGUGCAACGUCAGCGUCAGCUUCGACCGCUGCAAGAUCACGUCGGUGACGUGCAGCUGCGGCAACAAGGACAUCUUCUACUGCGCCCAUGUGGUGGCGCUCUCGCUCUACCGGGUACGGAAGCCAGAGCAGGUCAAGCUGCGCCUGCCCAUCUCGGAGACGUUGUUCCAAAUGAACAGGGACCAGCUGCAGAAGUUCGUCCAGUACCUGAUCACAGUGCAUCACACGGACGUGCUGCCGACGGCACAGAAGCUGGCCGACGAAAUACUGUCGCAGAACUCCGAGAUCAACCAGGUGCAUGGAGCUCCAGAUCCGACGGCGGGGGCGAGUGUGGACGACGAGAACUGUUGGCAUUUGGAUGAGGAACAGGUCCAGGAACAGGUCAAGCUUUUCCUCUCCCAGGGCGGGUACCACGGCUCGGGAAAGCAGCUCAACCUGCUGUUCAGCAAGGUGAGAGAGAUGCUGAGGAUGAGGGACUCCAACGGCGCUCGCAUGUUGACGCUGAUCACAGAGCAGUUCAUGGGCGACCCCCGACUGGCACUGUGGAGGCAACAGGGGACCACCAUGACUGACAAGUACAGGCAGCUGUGGGACGAACUAGGCGCCCUGUGGAUGUGCAUCGUCCUGAACCCGCACUGUAAGCCUGAGCAGAAGUCUGCGUGGCUCCGGCAGCUCCGCAGGUGGAACGGCGUGGACGUGUGUCCCUUGGAGGACGGUAACCAUGGCAGCGAGCUGAUCAAUCUGACCAACGCUCUGCCCCAGGGGCCUCCCGGCAAUCCAGACGCUCUGACGCGCCCUCACCGGACCGUCUUCACCCGCGCCAUCGAGGCCUGCGACCUGCACUGGCAGGACCCCCACCUGCAGCACAUCAUCACUGAGGACCACUACAACAACUACUGUUACCACGACAACCUCAACGGCUCCCUCUUCGACUCCAGAGGGUGGCCCCUGUGGCACGAACACGUUCCCACGGCGUGCGCCCGAGUGGACGCCCUGCGGUCACACGGUUACCCCAAAGAGGCGCUGCGGCUGGCCAUCGCCAUCGUCAACACGCUGCGGCGGCGGCAGCAGAAGCAGCUGGAGCUUUUCCGCGGUCACAGAAAAGAGCUGCUCCACAGGGGCGUAACAUCCAUCACCAACCUGGAGGGCUGGGUGGGCCACCCUUUGGACCCCAUAGGGACUUUGUUUGCCACCCUUAUGGAGACAGGACGGGGGAGCGACGAUGGAACCACUGCCAAUUUCCCAGGCUCCCUGGGUCCCUGCAGGAGGCCGGAGAACACUGCUUACACGCCGCUGCCUCUCCUGGAGGAAGGCGAGACGUUCGCGGCGCUGGCUGUGGAGACGGCGCUGAUGGGUCUGGGCCAGCAGAGGGCGAUGCCGGACGGCCUCUACGCCCAGGAGAAGGUGUGUCGCAACGAAGAGCAGCUACUGGCCAAGCUCCAGGAAAUAGACCUGGACGAGGCGCUGGUGAAGAUCCUCCGGAAGCAGGCCGCGCUUCUGCUGGAGGCCGGUCCUUACAGCGGUCUGGGGGAAGUCCUCUACAGAGAGAGCGUCCCCAUGCACACGUUUGCCAAGUAUCUCUUCACCUCCCUGCUACCUCACGACGUCGAGCUGGCGUACAGCAUUGCACUCAGGGCCAUGAGGUUGCCGGUACUCGAGUCCACGCCCCCUUCAACUGACUUGUCCCGCCCUCAGCACAUAGUGUCGGUGGUGCCCAAUCGCUACCCUCGCUGGUUCACCCUGAGCCACAUAGAGAGCCAGCAGUGUGAGCUGGCCUCCACUAUGCUCACAGCUGCCAAAGGUGACGCCUGCAAGCUCCACACAGUGUUAGAGUCCAUCCAGAAGAACAUCCACUCUUCCUCUCACAUCUUCAAACUGGCUCAGGACGCCUUCAAGAUCGCCACGCUGAUGGACAGCCUGCCAGACCUCACGCUGCUCAAGGUUUCCCUGGAGCUGGGCCUCCAGGUGAUGAGGUUGACCCUGUCCACGCUGAACUGGCGGCGGAGAGAGAUGGUGCGCUGGCUCGUCACGUGCGCCACUGAAGUCGGUGUGUUUGCUCUGGACAACAUCAUGCAGAACUGGUUCACACUCUUCACGCCGACGGAGGCGACCAGCGUGGUGGCCAGCACCAUCAUGUCCAACAGCACCAUCGUCCGGCUGCAUCUGGACUGCAACCAGCAGGAAAAACUGUCCAACUCCGCUCGCACCCUGGCGCUACAGUGCGCCAUGAAGGACCCUCAAAACUGUGCCCUGUCCGCCCUGACGCUCUGCGAGAAGGACCACAUUGCCUUCGAGACAGCCUAUCAAAUUGUACUGGACGCCGCCGCCACAGGAAUGAACUACACCCAGCUGUUUACAAUAGCACGCUACAUGGAGCACCGCGGCUAUCCCAUGAGGGCAUACAAACUAGCAACGUUAGCCAUGACGCACCUUAACCUCAGUUACAACCAGGACACGCACCCGGCCAUCAACGACGUGCUCUGGGCGUGCGCCCUUAGCCACUCGCUGGGGAAGAAUGAGCUGGCGGCCGUCAUCCCCCUGGUGGUGAAGAGCGUGAAGUGCGCCACCGUGUUGUCGGACAUCUUGAGGCGGUGCACGCUGACGACGCCGGGCAUGGUGGCGCUGCACAGCCGCAGGAACUCUGGGAAGCUGAUGUCUUUGGACAAGGCUCCGCUCAGGCAGCUAUUGGACGCCACCAUCGGGGCCUACAUCAACACGACACACUCUCGGUUGACGCACAUCAGCCCGCGCCACUACAGCGAGUUCAUCGAGUUCCUCAGCAAGGCUAGGGAGACGUUUCUGAUGGCGCAUGACGGACACAUCCAGUUCACGCAGUUCAUAGACAACCUGAAACAGAUCUACAAAGGCAAGAAGAAGCUCAUGAUGCUCGUACGAGAGAGGUUUGGUUGAAUGACCGAAUUUCGUCCUGGGAAAAUUGUCAUGGAAAUCUUACUGCUGUGAUUCAGGACUGAUGGCUCUAGUAUAAGGAACAAUGUCUUGAGGCCAAAAGAAAACUGGGAUGUUAAAGUGUACUGAGCACGAGACGAGACAUUUUGGCAUCGGAAUGACCGAAAGUAUUGAAGAUAAAAGAGGAAUUUUCAAUCAAUAACAACCUUAAAGCAACACCAAGGGGCAGAUGUAUGAAACUGUGUGUAAUGGGUAGUAACAAUAUUACGUUCCUCCUCCCUGGGUAGUUACAAAAUAAUAAACGACAGUAUGGCUACUUUGUAGCAACUUUCGGAAAUGUUAAACUCAGUAAAGGCAAAGUUUAAGUCUUAGAUUAUGAGUUUUCCUGUAGUGAGCCAUGAUAUAUUGGCAAUAACAUCGGUAUUGGCCCAUGUUAGUAAUUUUUGAACAUAUCGGUGUUGGUCCGAUAAUUAGAAGUGGACUGACGUUAACAACUGAUGAUGAUUUCCAUCCUGUUUCUGUUUGUGUUUCUGGGAGGAGAGAAGAAGAGGUUCGUCGUGUGGCAUUUGCUUGGUCAUGUGACAGUGAUAAGGAUGCAGCGCAGGAUUAUGGGUAUUCAACUGAAGCAGAGAAACAAUGUAGGUGACGUGAUAACUUUAACACAGUGUCGAAAGUGGCGUAAAAUAUUUGUAUUAUAUAUAAUUAUUGUGUAUCGCAGCAGUAUUAAUAUCAGAUAUCGGCUAAAUCCAAAAAUUUUAUUAGUGCAUUCCUGUGAUUCCCAUUACUGAUUGUCAAAACAUUGACGUCACUGGGAUGAGCUAGCGUGAAUGAAAAUAUUUAAACAUCUUGCCGAUACUUAAGUCAAAUAACUUUCUUGCCGAGUUUUGCUCACUGAGGAUGGCAAGGAAUGAACAUUUUUGUCAGGACGAUUGUUAUCUAGUUUGUGUUGAGUGCACCUACUCAACACAAGAGAAUCCGAAUCCCAGUUUAUAUCUCAGAUGAGUUUUCUCAAUAGAUAAUUGGAAAACAUUAUGCAAAUUUAACUUUGUAUAUUCCGGAAUUGUCAACAAAAUCAUGAAAAAUACCAGUCCGCUAACAUGCUAAUUGUGAAGCUAACUUUUUGGCUUAGUCCUUUAGCAUUUUUGCUAACUUUGAAAAAGUUUAGCGCACUUAACUUCCCCUUAAUACAUUUUUCUGGUUCAGUUCUAAAGCGCUAAUUUAAUUGGCUGUUGUGUAAACUUUAAAGUUUUACGUUAAGUUAAACAUCUAUGUUGAAGUUUUGGUUAUUAACAUUUAUAUUCAUGCUCUUAUUUUGAAACAAGUGAAGACUGUUUAUACAGCAGGUCUGUUAUUGACACCUGGUGUGUAUCACCAUGGCUGAAUUUAUCGCGUCAGUGGAUUAGCGUUAGCUUCUGCUACAUACCGUGGUGGUAUAGUGGAUUAGCAUCAGUGGAACUAAUGUUUUAGUGUUAGCACAACUAACUUUUUAGCUUGUGGUCUCCACCACUGAAAAUUACCAACCAGCACCUCCCCGGUGUAAAAAGUGAUGAGUACAUUUAGAUGUAAGAACAUCCAAAUCAAAAUUUGUGGAUUAAUCAACUUCGUGAUUUGACCUAAAACUGAACAAUUUUGAUUCGAUGUUGGUGGCAUUUCAACCAUAUGAGAAGGAGUAGAGGUAGCUUUAGUACACACAGCGUUCCUGCAUCUGAUCCCUGGUGUGGACGUGUAAGGCGCUGAAUUUUUGAAGAAGUAUCAGUAGUACCGUGAUGUUCUGUUCUUUCCCCUUAUGUGAAAGCGAGAGCUGCUGAAACGUCUGCCUUUGCACUCCUCUGACUCCCCUCAUCCAACGCCCACGGCCUCAACGAACGGCUUUAAACCAAAUGGUGCAACGCCAUCUGAAAAGACGAGUACCUCUUGUUUAAAAAAACAAAAUCCAGCUUUACUCCUUUACUUCCCCCCUUCCAUGAGGAAAUGCCGAAUCGGAGUUCAUUUUGCCGCCCC